UUCCCUGUCCUGCUGUGACCCACUGACCUACUUCUCUGUCCUGCUGCGACCCACUGACCUACUUCCCCAUCCUAUUGUCCCCCCAGAGAGGACUACCUUGAGCUAAGGGUCUACCUGAACUCCAUGCUGAUCCGUCACGAGCGACAUGAGCCACAGUACACUUUCAACUCCAUCUUUGCGUUCCUGGGUGGACAGAUGGGAUUCUUCAUGGGCGCCAGUCUCAUCACCCUGGCCGAGCUCCUGGAGACCCUGCUCUUCUCCUGCUACGUCUUCCUCUACAAGAAAGUCCUCAUGAUGGGGCAGAUGAGCACCAGGAAGGCAAAGGUCAGACCCGCCAAACAGGCCUGGUAGCGGCGGGAACGUUGACCUAGAUAUACCAUACUGUGUUGUUCUACCAUCCUCUCGUCGAUAUCCUAAGGAUACCAGAGGAAGGAAAAUGUUCGUAAGUUCUACCUCCCGUCGGCUGAUGUUGUCUCAGGAAACACUCGCUUGGACAACGCUAGGCGCCUGGUGUUAUUAACAGGCCUGGUAGCGGCGGGAAAGUUGACCUAGAUACAUACGGUCCUGUCUUGUUCUACCUCCCACGGGGGCUGAUGUUGCCCCACCAAACACACGCUUGGACCGUGCCGCCUGGUGUCGUUAACAAACGAUGUGAUCUCGUACUGGCUCCUCGUGGGCGGAGAUCCCAGAAUGUUUCACCCCACGACUGGCGGAUACUGACGCGAAGAUCCUGGGAUUUCUUUCUCAACAAGACUUACGAAUUCUUACACGGAGUGAGAUCUAUAGCGUUGUUCACAGCGCUUUGAGCUUGUCAUGAACGAGACCCUUUUCGACAUGACUGCUGGAUUCUUGUACUAGAAUCCUGUUGGGGUUUUUUUCAUCAUGGUUUGUGAAUACUAACACGGAGAUCGUGGGUUUCUUAUCUUCAUGACUGGCGACUUUCUUACAACACGGAGAUACAACGCUGUCCUCAGCGCUCCGAGAUCUUCGUGUACGGAGAUCCUGUUUUUUUGUUGAUUGUACGCCCUGACUGGCUAAUAAUAAUAUGAACACCGUUCGAUUGUUCGUGGAUUUGGUGUCGCUUGCUUCGAACCGUUCAGGGAUACGAUUGUUCAGACUUCAAACUUCGAGCUGUUCGGAGAUACCUUUGUUCAGACUUUAAAGUUCCAACUGUUCGGAGAUACGAUUGUUCAAACUUUUCAGACUUCAAACUUUCGCCCAUUCGUAGAGACGAUUGUUCUCAGCCCUCCGUACCUUGCUCCACACAGAUCCUGACGGCUGGAGUUCUGAGUUUGGUGCUGUACAGUUUACUGUGGGUUUCCAUGACAACGGCGACCUUGCGUCAGUGACUUCUUCAGGCACAGGAUCUAAGACAGACAUCGUUGACCAAAGUUCGUCACUCAUUUUACUGCUCGGGUGAAGUUCUUUUAUGGCCCUGGGCAGUUAUACUCGCAACCGUAAUAUGGUCGUGGCGGGUUCGAGCCUCGUCAGUGGCCCAUCAUGGUGUCCUUAAUAAAUGUACUAUACUCAAAUGGAUAUAGCGGUGUAUCUGAGCGGUGUAGUCUGAGCGUGGAAUCAUGGGUACACAGGAUGUAAAAGUAUUGUAUCUUGGACCAUAAUGUUUUCCUGUGAUUAUAUCAUUAUUGUGUGCCCCCACAAGGGAAACUACUCUACUGUACAUGCUGGAGGAAGGCUCUUCAAUAAAGGAAGACGACACUAGUUGUGCUGGAGCUGUUGAUCGACAUGGCGAGUUGGUUCUGUGUCUUGUGUUAUAUCUAAGGUAUCUUUGUCUAUGCUGUUUGAUAUCGACCAUCAAUACAGGACAGGCAAGCAGCCUUUUGACCUUGACCCUUCCGUUCCCUGACCUCCCAACUCGCCGCUGGGGUUUGUCCAAUCACUCGUCAGCCACACCUGGAUGAGGAUUUCCCCCACUUGCCGUUAGAUCUACGUCAUCCGAAAAAGACCUCUCUUCUGCCAUGACAGAUAUCCAACGACCGAGUCAUGACAUGGUCUCAAACUGGGAUAUAUUAUAUAUAACAGAGCCCGCUCAAAACCAUGAUCUGCAAGACUACCGGAAUUGUCUUCGGUCUAUUCGGGUCUUCGGUUCUGAGACAUUCCUUGAUAGCGGAGAAAAAACAAACCUCGGAGAUUGUAUUUUCGAUCGAGAGUACCGCUGUUUUUGGUUUUUGGGUUUUUUUUUCUUUGGGGGGGGGGGGGUGUUGGUUGUUUCUUAAAUCAACGGUGUUCACUUAAACCUGACUCCAGUGUGAUUGUACAUUGUAAGUGUUUUCUUCCACAGUUUGGUUUAUUUAGGAGGCGGGCCACUUCGAUCCUGUCAGCCAGGGUCAAUCCGAGGUGGGUGGGAUGAACCUACAACAUCCCAGCAGACAGACCGAGAUUUUUUUUUUUAACUUAAAAAAAAAAAAAA